UGUACGAGCUACGCAUCCCAUCCCCAAAUUCCACAGCACCUUCAAACACUACGGCGUGCUUCUUCUUAAAACGCGGCAUAAAAGAGGUGCACUCCACAAGCACGAAAAGUAAAUAACUUUAUUGCAAAAGUAUCGUUUAAAGCGCGAAAAAUAUUAAACCAAGAAUUUACAUGUGAAAGUGAAAACGUGACAACACGAUAAAACGGACGAAGCAAGCAAAACAAAACACGAGUGCAUGAAAACAACGAAAGGAGGAUAAAAGGAAGAACAAGUGCAACAAUCAGAAAAAAAUAACGGAACAAGAACACAGAAAAAAGUAAAAAUAACCAACGAAGAAAGGAAAAACAGAACAAAAACUCCAGAUAUUGACAGACUCGAAAACGCCGACAAUUGCGAUUCGAUUCACACACAGCUAUGCUUUUGCAGUACUCGUGCUAAAUCGUUUACUAUAAUGAAUUCCGCGCGGCACCAUCGUAUUGGGGUAUUUCUGUCUCCAUAACUUGGCCACCAUUUAAAUAAAAUUAAAACCGGAACACAAUAGAAAUAUUAAGCACGACUACAAACCCAAAACAGACCCGCAAAUUGAUUGCCACACAACGGAUAGCAAAGCACUGCAUCAAAAGCCAUCUAGUCAAACAUAACCGAACCAACGAAGAAAAGCCGCCAACUGCCGGAGGGAAGAACGAAUCCGAGUGGACGCAAACCCAAAUCAAAGCUUGACAGAGGAUCCGGAGAGGGCGCAAACCUGGCCAAGAAGAUGCCAUACCAUCGAGGCGGAGAUGCCUCUUCCCAGGCCGACAAGCUGAGCGGCAUCGUGGAGGAGAGCGACCUUUACGAAGGGUUCGCCCCGCAUGUCGAGACGUCCGAAAUCAAAACCCUCGACUUCUACAAUUUACCAAAGCAAACUGGCAAAGAGCCGGCCCUGCGCUCCUACACCGAGAUCCAACAGCUGCUGCAGCAGGGCAAGAAGCGCGACGUGAAGAACAUACUCAGGGAGAACUCGUGGCCCAUUAACUCCCCGAUCCGAGCCCAGCUAUGGCCGAUGCUGUGUGGCCAGCACCAGACCAAGCAGCAAAUGCUGGACGGCUUCUACUGGGAGAUGGUUCACCAGGUCUUUGGCACCACGGAGCUGUCGGAGAAGCCGAUCAUGCUGCCCGCCUUUGUGGACGCCACCCACUGUUUGCCGUACCACUUGACCAGCACGGGACGCGCCGUGGCCGAUCGCAUCGUGAAUGUCCUGGGCUACGACUGCCCCGAUAUUACCUACAGUCCAGUAUUGUAUCCCAUUACAUCGAUACUUUUGCAUUUCAUGUCGGAGGAGGAGGCUUACAUAUGUCUGGCCGGUCUGGUCGGUAGCAAGGAGAAGGUAUUCAUCAAUCAAACGAAACUACAGCACGAAGUCACCUGGAAGACGGUGAUGCAGAUAGCCAAAAAGCACACGAAAAGUGCUACUUCGUAUUUCCAACGUAUUUGCCCAGGCCUGAAGCUGGAACGCAUCUUCAUGGACUGGUGCUGGUGGAUUCUAGCCGGUCUACCCUUCCAGCAUCUGGUGCGGAUCAUGGACUGCUACUUUCACGAGGGCAUCAAGGUCCUGUACCGCGUGGCCCUCGUCAUACUCAACCUGUUUCACAAGGAGUGCCAGUCGAACAACGAAUGGAGUCCGGACAACAUCAAGAACGACAUUGGCAACGCUUUGAUCAAGUUCUGCAAGAAGAUACCAGUGUCGCCGGCGAAGCUGCUCCAUGCCGCGUUUAGUAUUAGGGGACUGAGUACCCAGUAUAUUUCUAGAAUAUUUAUCAAGACUGAAAUGCUACUAAAAAGCCGCUCCGUGCUCACCAGCGGUUCGAAGCAAUUAAUCAAAUCGCGUUCAAGUGAUAAUCUGCCCACUAGUCAGUCGCAGGUCAACAUCCAAAUGAUGUCCCACACCCUGACCAUCCGGGAGGGUGAGAAAUCGCCCGGUCAUAGAGCCAUCGCGAUGGGCGUUUACCCCAUACACAAUCUGAAAAGUCAAGCUUGUAAGAACGAAGAUCUGUUCACGCUGUGGUCCUGGCUGCCCGUGCGGAUAACAAUGUACCAACCGGUGCUGCUCUACACCACGGAGGAGCACGGCUGCUCGCUCACCACGUUCUACGUUCGUGUGGAGCAGCAUGAACCCACGCUGCUCAUGAUCAAAACGUGCAAUAAUGAGGUAUUUGGUGCCUACUGCUCCUCGCGCUGGUUUGAAAGAAAUGUAAAAGAUGACAAGGGCCAGCGACAGGCCUACUUCGGUACCGGCGAGACCUUCUUGUUCUCCCUCUAUCCAGAAAGAGCCAAGUACCCAUGGGUGGGCAUUGAGGGCGACAAGGACCUGGGACACAGCUCCGAGCUGUUUAUGGCGGCCGACUCCAAGAUGAUCACUAUUGGUGGCGGCGAGGGGCAGGCCAUCUGGAUGGACGAGAACAUUCGUUUCGGCAAGACGGACAGCUGCAAGACCUUCAACAAUCCGCCGCUGUGUCCAUCGGGCGACUUCGAGAUCCGGGUGCUGGAAGUCUACGGCUUCGUGGGCAUCUAAAAACCUCCGUAGUCUGACCGACAUUGCCCGCCGAUGAUUAAGUGCUCAGCAAAACUGCUCGACGUUCCCCCCGCGUUUCCUUAACCAACUCAAACACCUACAGAUUGCUUUCGCUGAUGGUACCAAGAUGAGCAAAUGUGUAAACAUUUAUAAAAGCUGAUUUAUAAAAAUGUAUCGAAAGUGGCCAAGCAGCAGUAAAUGCCGCCGUCGUCGUGUUAAUGUUAAAUGUUAAUGAAAACAUGCAAAACUAAACAAAUUAUAUAUUAUAUAAUGGAAA